AUGACAACACCAACAUUCUUAUCCCCGAAGCACAAUUCCGGGGAGGAUCUAACACCUGACCCUCUUCUCCUCACUAUCCGCUUCUCAGCCUCAAUCCCCGAUCUUCCACUCGAUGUUCUAUACCCCGAAACAACCACAUCAGCAGGCCUAAAACAACUAAUCCGCACCCGACUCCCACCAAACCUCUCCUCCCAUCGUCUCCGACUAAUCUACGCCGGCCGCGGUCUCGAAGACACCAUCCCACUUUCCGUCUCCCUGAAACUACCCCCCUCACCCUCCCGCUCACCCAGAUUACCUUCCGACGAUGAAGACACCGAUCUCUCAAAGGCAAAGGGAAAGGGCAAAGCGCCCGUCCGAGAACAACCCCGUCUGUACAUUCAUUGUUCGAUAGGCGAUAUCGUCCUUUCCGCUACAGAUUUAGCGACAGAAGCAUCGUUGGCAUCUACGCUCCAGCAAGAGGGUCAGACACAGAAAGAUGGUGAUCAGUCAAAUCUGCAGAGUCAGCAGCAGCAGCAGACUUCCUCGACGACGCCUGCGCCCCGUGGUUUUGACCGGUUGUUGUCAGCGGGGUUUACCCCUGCUGAAGUGUCGGCGCUGCGGUCGCAGUUUAUGGCUAUCCAGUCCGUGUCGCGAACGCCAGAUACCAUGCCGAGUGGGGCGGAGUUGCGGGAGCUUGAGGAUCGGUGGAUGGACGAGGGCUCGUCGGCAAUGGCAGCUGGGGCUGGAGGGGCUGGAGAGGGAGCGGGUUUCACGGAUGAUGAUGGGGGAUUUGGGUCGGGGUCGCGAGGGGCUAUGGAUGAUAUGCUCUGGGGCGCUGUCAUGGGUUUCUUUUGGCCAGUGGGGUGUGCGAUGUGGUUGAGGCGCGAGGAGGGCGUCUGGAGCUGGCGAAAGGGUUUGGCAGUGUUUGUUGGGGUGGUUGUCAAUCUCGCAUUUGGGACAAUGCGUAUCAUGAACUGA